UAUAAAAAUGGCGUCCUCCAAGAAGAAGCGUGCUGAAACUGAAAUCGAAGAAAAUAAUGAAAUGAUCGACGAUGACCCCGUUUCUGACGGUGGCGGUUCAGACGAGGAAUUGAUGGACCAGGAGAUGGAAGUAGAAUUUGAAGCAAGAAUUCCACAAGAUUCAGAUUUCCAUGGUAUUAAGACUCUUCUCAAACAGUUAUUCCUGAAGGCCAACAUUAAUUUAUCAGAAUUAGCUAAUACCAUAAUAUCGCAGAAUUACGUUGGUAAUGUUAUAAAGCAAUUAAAUGAUGUAGAUGAUGAUAGUGAAGAUGAUUUUGAUGAUGGGGAUCCUGUGUUUGGUGUCAUGUCAGUUAUAAAUCUCACAGAAAGAAAGAAAGAUUUAGAAUGUGUAAAAGAGAUUAUAUCAUAUUUAGUUGAUAAAUGUCGGACAAGUAAUCUCGGAGAAGAUGGAAAUAAAAUAAUUGAUAUCGUUAACAGUGAAGAUGUUCAAGUCGGGUUUCUCAUCAGUGAAAGAUUUUUAAAUAUACCAAUAGAAAUAGCAGCACCAUCAUAUGAAUCUUUACGGAAAGAUAUGAUGAAAGCUGUGAAUAAGAAGAUGAAAUAUGAUUUUGGUUAUUAUAUUUUAAUCAGUAAAUCGUAUCGAGCUAAGAUGGAGGCAUCCGGGGAUGGGGGGAAUAAAUUAGGCAAUCAGUUGUUUUAUAGUAAUCCAGAAGAUGAAAUAUUAUCAGAGUUAAGUGAUAUAAAAGUGAGUUACAGUGUGGCAGCUGAUCGAGAUGAUGUAGUCAGUGGUAGCUGGGAUGACGAGGACAGUAUGGAGGCCAUGAGAACAGUCAUGGUGUUUACAGCUGAUAAAUAUGACUCGAUUAUACAAACUUUAAAAACACAACUUGGGCAGACGUAAAAUAAAAUCAGUUUUAUGAAUAA